AAGAAAUUGUCAAUCUACCGUUCAACGUGACGAUGAAGAAAGAGAAGGGAAGCCGACCCAUCGUUCAAAUCUCAGGGUCCUUAAGAUCAUCAACCCCAAACCUGCUCUUAGGGGUUUUAAACUUGUUUCAAAUCAUUUUUCUUCCCCCAAUCGCUAUAGAUGUCGCUCCCCGAUUCUUCUUCCUCUUCUUCUCCGCCUGUGGCCCGCGAAGAAACCGGUUAUAUCCGUUUUGAACACGGCCAAGAUACCGGUUUUGACCAUCGUGAUCGACCUCCGUGGAACCGCUCCGAGUAUGAUUACCGCCAUGGGAGCAUCGUUGCCUCGGAGAACCCGAGGAAUACCUCGACUACUUCUCCGGAAGAUCCUUGGUCUUGCGUUGUCGUCGUCGCUACCUUCUGUGUCUUCGUAUCGAUGACUUUGAUUUUGGGGCUUUACGGAACUACGAACGUAUGGUUGGGACCAAACUCCUCCUUCCUCAUUAAGCCAACUUCGCUUUUCGUCCAAACUGUCAUUGUGGAAGAAUUAGGGAAUAAGGGAUCCGGUUUGAUGCUGUACGGAUUUAACCAACCCCCGCAGCUCCAUGUUCUGGCCAAUUGGUCUGAAGUCCACUAUUUAGCUGUUCCUAAUGAUUCUUACAAGUAUUGGAUACAGUAUCUGAACAAGGGGUCACGCGUUAAAGUUUCUUACAAUGUUGAGUCUCUGCCCUCUUCCCUCUAUCUUGUCAUAGCCCAAGGUGUGGACGGGCUCUCCGAGUGGGUGCAAGACCCUACGCGUCCAGACACUACAUUAUCAUGGCAUCUCAUCUCUGAUAGUGGUUUCAUUGAGCAGGACAUAACUAAGUCGUCGAGUUAUUACAUUGCAGUAGGCAACGUAUACCUGAAUGAAGUCAAGGCUACGAUAGACAUUCAAGUUGAGGGAGUAUUGUAUGAUACUAUCAAUGCUUAUUACCAUUGCACGUUUCCUAACGACAAGUGCACUUUAAGUGUUCCAUUAUUUGGAACUAAUGCUGCUGUACUAACCUCACCAGGUCCAAAGCUGAACAACUCAAAGAAUGAGUUCUGUGCAAAGCUCUCGUACGAGCCAAGGUGGAUUGCUUACAUAGUUUGCAUGGUUGUAGUGACAGCACUCUUGUUGAUUUUAUCUAGUGUCUUCAAUAAAAGACAACAAGCAGUGUCUGAAAACGAGGAAACAGCGGAUGAAAAUGAUGAUGUAGCUCCUCUGAUUCCUGGAAAAGACGAUGAUAAUUCGAGCUGGUGCUCGUCAUACAGCUCAAUCUUGACAAGCACUGAGGAACUAGAAGGUGCACAGGGUGAUGGCCAGAGCAGUACAAGAUAUCUGUGUGCGAUUUGCUUUGAUGCGCCUAGAGACUGUUUCUUCCUCUCUUGUGGACACUGCGUUGCUUGCUUCCAAUGCGGGACACGGAUAGCGGAAACAUCGGGAUUCUGCCCGGUAUGUCGUAGGAAGAUCAGGAAGGUGAAGAAGAUCUUCAACGUCUAACCAAAUCAAAAGUCCAGAGGGAAUCAAAUUAACACACAGUGCGCAGGUUGUGUGAUGUUUUUUUUCUUUUUUGUUGUUGUUGUUUUUACUCGCAGUUCCAUAUUUGUAUAGAGGUAAAAGAGUGUGGAAAGGGGAUAGAGAAAGACCCAAGAUGAUGGUUGGUUUUAUUGGGUCUGUGUAUAUGAUAACAUUUCGGUUUGGUUGUUUAUCACAUACAGGUUAACUGGUUUGUUUAUCACAGCCGCCUGCAUACAGAUUUACAUUUGGGCUUUGUUAAAAUGCAAUUUAAUUAUAAUGAUAUACAGAAGAGUGGCACGUGUCAGAUGAUGAAUGGAGCGGACACAUAAUCUCAUUGUUCUAUUUCAUUAUUAUUUACGUCCUGAAUUUUGCAUUCCGGAAACAAAGAACAAAUCAUCGAGACCCCUUUCUUCUUCUUCUUCUCUGAGCUUCCUUCCGCUAGCCAAUUCGUCUCCAGAUCGCGCAGAUCUCGUCUUCGAGGAAGCCUGCGUGCGUGCUAGAUAUUCUCCGCCUUCUAAUUCUAGAUCUUGAGAGGGCAGGGCAGGUAGAAGCAGAGCUGAUUCCUGGAACCAACCAUGAUGUCUUUCGAAAUGAAUGACCGCAAAAAAAUUGGAUUAGGGCUGACAGCUUUUGGCGUCUUUUUCUCCUUUUUGGGAGUAGUCUUUGUCUUUGAUAAGGGCUUACUUGCCAUGGGAAAUAUUCUUUUCAUCUCUGGGGUUAGUCUUACCAUUGGCCUCAAGUCUACCAUGCAGUUUUUCACCAAGCGUCAAAACUAUAAGGGAACAAUAUCUUUUGGGGCCGGCUUCUUCUUUGUAGUCAUUGGAUGGCCUAUUCUGGGAAUGAUGUUGGAGACCUAUGGCUUUUUUGUUCUCUUCAGUGGCUUCUGGCCAACCUUGGCAGUUUUCGCACAAAAGAUA